AAAAAAAUACCAAAUUCAAAACAAUUUCAUGUUACUUAACGUUUCAUUCAGUAAUAUUAUUUAAAUUAAAUACAAUGUGAUAUAUCUGAGGAAGAAGGAGAUUUAUAAACAUAAUUUCAAGUUGAUUCUACUGAUUGUCAGUAGCUGGAUAUUUUAUUCCUUGACCAUGAAUAAUAAUAGCAGUAUCAUUGCUGGAAACUCGGUAGUUUUUUUGGAUAUCGAAAUUGCUCAAGAAAAAAUCGGGCGAAUUGUUAUUGAAUUAUUUAAUAAUGUUGUACCUAAAACAGCUGAAAAUUUUAGAGCUCUUUGUACUGGUGAAAAAGGCAUUGGUUUAUCAGGAAAGCCACUGCAUUUAAAAGGAUCAUCAUUCCAUCGAGCUGUUCCAGAAUUUAUGAUCCAAGGUGGUGACAUUACUGCUGGCAAUGGAUCUGGUGGUGAAAGUAUAUAUGGUUUGUUUUUUGAGGAUGAAAACUUUGAAUUGCUGCAUGAAGAACCUGGAGUUUUGAGUAUGGCAAACACAGGUCAAAAAAAUACUAAUAAUUCCCAGUUUUUCAUCACAACUGCUCCAUGUUCACAUUUGGAUGGCAAGAAUGUUGUUUUUGGAAAAGUAAAAAGAGGAUUUUGUGUAGUUCAAACAAUUUCUGUUACUAAUACUAAUAAUGACAUCCCUAUUAAUCCUUGUAUAAUCACAGACUGUGGCGAGCUUUCAAGUGAUAGUAAUACUUGGAAUAUUAAUGAAAAUGAUUCAACCAAUGAUGUUUACCCUCCUUUUCCCGAGGAUUGGAACAUUCAACCAACUGAUCUUGAUGUAAUACAAAUCUGUGAUGUACUAAAUAAAAUCAAAGAAUCAGGAAACUAUUUUUUUAGCUGUAAAAAUUAUUCAUGUGCUAGACGAAAAUAUGACAAAGUGUUACGAUAUUUUCAAUGGUAUAAAAGUUAUCAUAAAAAUUCUAAAUUGGAUUUAAAUAUGCUGGAUACCAUACAAACAAGUACAUUGUUAAAUUUAUCUACUGUUCAUUUGAAAGAGGGAAAUUACAAAAUUUCAAUUGAAUUAUCAGAACAAGUUUUAAACUUAGAUUGUAACAAUGGAAAGGCUCUUUUCCGCCUUGGUAAGGCCUAUGGAUCAAUUAAUAACUAUGAAAAAUCAAUUAAAUAUUUCGAAGAAGCUUUGGAAAUUUUUCCAGAUGAAAAAAAUAUUUUAAUUGAGUUAAAAAAAGUUAAGCAAGCUCAUAAACAAUAUUUAGCAACAGAAAAAAUA